CCUCUGCUCCGUAGAGGCCUCCUGUUCCGUAUCCACCGGCUGGAUGACCAACACCGCCGCCCUCCCCUCCGCCUGCGUCAACACCUAGGGCCGCCAGCCCCGUCUCCACCUAGGGCCGCCUGCAGACCUGGCCUCCGCCCGUGUCUCCACCUAAGGGCCAGCCGCCGCGUUCACGAGCCUGGCCUUCGUCUUUCCGCCUCCAUCGAAUAUCUCAUCUAAUCCAUCCCGGCAUUCUCAGGACGAUAUCGCAACAACGAGGGCAGCAUAUCCCGUGGCCCGACUCCAGAAUCGUCAUCCUAUUCAAUAUUCUUGUGCAGAUCUUGAGAAGUUGGAGGAGAGAAUCAUAAUGACGUUAUGCCGUAUGGAGAUGAUAUUCCCGCCAGGAUUUUUUACUGUUAUGAUGCAUUUGGUUACUCAUCUAGCCACAGAGGCGAAAAUAGGUGGUCCAGUGUGCUACCGUUCAAUGUGGUUUGUUGAAAGGUAUCUAGGUAAACUCAAGUCAAAUGUCCGUAAUAGAGCUCAUCCCGCAGGAUCUAUAUGUGAAGCACAUUUGGCAGAUGAGGCCAUGGUGUUCUGUUCAAAGUAUAUUAUUGGUUUUGAGACAAAGCAUAACAUGCCUUCCCGGAACGAAGAUGGCGAGGAGUUGGUUGGCCAUCCUGACGUUUCACAAGGACCAACUUUAUUUCCUCAUGUUGGCGUACAACUUGGAAAGCCUAGAAAUUAUGUGAUGAAGAGUUUGGCUAAAGUACAGGCGCAUAGAUACGUCUUGUUCAAUUGUUCCAAAGUGAACUCAUACCUUAGAGCCCAUGCUGAUGAGGUCACCAGUAGGCGCAGAGUAAACCCAAAUACUCUCGAGAAGAUCCAAAAUGAGACAUUCCACGAGUGGUUCAAAGCUCAUAUAAAGAGUUUGGAGAAGAAAGAUAGCAUCGAUGGUGUUGAAAAUGAUAUUAGAUGGCUAGCUCGGGGCCCAGUUUCUGCAGGAAAAAGAUAUCGUGGUUUCAUCUCUCGAGGCUUCCGUUUUAGGCCCAAGCAUUUGGAUAAAGUGACACAGAACAGUGGAGUUAUGCUAACUGCAAAAACAUCUAGUUAUGCUGCAGCAGGAGAUGCAACUCCAGUUCUAGAUGAUGUGACGUACUAUGGGAGGGUAAUUGACAUCAUCGAGCUGAACUACUCCGGACAAUUUUCAGUGGUGCUGUUUGAAUGUGAAUGGGUUGAUGUAUUUUCUGAAGAAGGAAUGAAAAAAGACAAGUACGGCUACACACUUGUGAACUUCUCACAUCUGAUACACAAAGGAGAAAAGAUUGAGCAUGAGCCUUUUAUUUUCCCUAACCAGGCAGAUCAAGUGUUCUAUGUGGAAGAUGAAAUGAACCCAGGUUGGUCUGUGGUAGUGAAGCCACCCAAACCUAGAGAUUCAUAUGACACUGGUGACCUUGAAUCAGCAGCGGACAUAGAAUCCGAGCCAUUCCAUGUUUCCCACCUCGGGGAGAUGUUCAAAAAGAAAACAAAUGACCAACAUUGGGUUAGAACAGACAUCGAGGGAACAUUAGUGGAUGCUAAUAACAAUGCUCCGACCAACGAAGAGUAGGGGAAGUCAAUAAUUUAAUGACUUGGUCACUCAGGUACUUAAAAAAGGCAUGCAUGGGAGGGAGUAGCACAAAUUCACAUGGACAUCAGACAUUUUAUAAUUUAGUUGUCUUAAUCUCAUAAUAUGUUUUUAGAGACAUAGUCCAUAUUGAGAACUGUUUCACAUCACGAUUGCUCGAUCUGAGCAUUCGGUCGCUCAUGAUUUAUUAUGGUACGAUUUUGAGGAUGUCAGAGAUUAUAUUAACUGCAUGCAUCUUUACUCGACUUAUUGGUUAUG